AGCAAGGAAUUUUUGAUGCAAUUUUGAAGGGAGUCAUUGAUUUUGAAUCAGAUCCAUGGCCGUUGAUCUCAGACAGUGCCAAAGAUCUCAUAAGGAACAUGCUAUGUUCUAAACCUUCAGAACGCUUGACAGCCCAUCAAGUACUAUGUCAUCCUUGGAUAUGUGAUCAUGGAGUUGCUCCUGAUCGAGCACUUGAUCCGGCAGUUCUUUCUCGCCUCAAACAAUUCUCUGCAAUGAAUAAGUUAAAGAAGAUGACUUUGCGAGUUAUAGCGGAAAGCCUUUCGGAGGAAGAGAUUGCCGGAUUAAGAGAAAUGUUCAAGGCAAUGGACACAGACAACAGUGGGUCAAUUACCUUUGAUGAGCUUAAAGCAGGUUUCAGAAGAUAUGGUUCGACUUUAAAGGAUACAGAGAUUCGUGAUCUUAUGGUAGCAGCACAUGUGGACAACAGCGGAACCAUCGACUAUGGUGAAUUCAUUGCUGCGACAGUACAUCUUAACAAGCUAGAGCACGAGGAACACUUGGCGGCGGCUUUUUCAUACUUCGACAAGGAUGGAGGUGGUUAUAUCACAGUUGACGAGCUUCAGCAAGCUUGCAAAGAGCAUAAUAUGACUGAUGCUUUUCUCGAAGACAUCAUUAAAGAAGUGGAUCAGGAUAAUGAUGGUCGAAUUGAUUACGGUGAGUUUGUUGCUAUGAUGCAAAAGGGUACCAUGGGAUUGAGACUCGGUCGGCGGACAAUGAGGAAUAGUUUAAACAUAAGCAUGAGGAAUAGUUUAAACAUAAGCAUGAGGGAUCACAAAUGCCGUUGCAGUUGCAGUUGA